UACCAAGCAUUUCUCUCUUCCAAACUACCGAACCAAAUAUGGCUGCUGAUCGGAUCCUCGGUUCUGUUUUGGAUGUCACCUUAUCCAAGGUGAUUUCAGUUGUUAACGAGCAGCUCAACUUAGCUGUCGGAUUCAAGAAGGAGCUGAGGAGGUUUGAUCGCAAGCUGAAAAUGAUCCAGGGUGUGUUGCAGGAUGCAGAGCAGAAGGGAAUGGUAGGCGACCCUGUUCUGAAGCCUUGGCUUGAAGGGCUUCGGAGUCAAGCUGAAGAGGCUGACGAUAUGAUGGAUGAAAUUGCAUAUGAAAAUCUGCGGUGCAAGGUAGCUCAAAUGCCGGAAAAGGUCAGCUAUUUCUCUGCUCUUUUCAAUCCUUCAGCUUUUCGCCUUAAGAUGGCGAACAGGAUUAAGAGUUUAAAUUUAGAAAUAGAUGGCCUUAAUAAGAUAGCCACUGAGUUAGGGCUGCAACAAAGACUUGCAAGCAAGCAUCUUGAACAUUUAGAAACCCAACAAACAGAUUCCUCAAUUGGUGAUCCAUCAAAAAUUGUAGGAAGAAAAAAUAAGGUCCUGGAAGUCGUUGAAUCAUUGAUUGACUCAAGUAAUGAUCAACCUCUCCUUGUUGUAUCCAUAGUGGGUAUGGGAGGCAUAGGCAAAACUACUAUGGCCAAACUAGUGUGUAACAAUGGGCAAAUACAGCGUUAUUUUUUCAAAAGAAUGUGGAUUUGUGUUUCUGAAAAUUUUAAUUUGAAGCAAAUUUUAUUAGAAAUGUUGCAAGCUUUUGAUGUAAAUGUUUCUGUGUAUACCCAAGAUAUUGUAGUUCAGAAAUUACAGGAAAAAUUGAGGGAGAACAAUUAUCUUCUCAUAUUAGAUGAUGUAUGGAAUGAAGAUCGGCAAAAAUGGGAAUCCUUAAGGAGUUGUUUGUUGGGAAUAGGUAAAACAGUUGGGAGUAGGGUUCUUAUCACAACUCGAAGUGAAAAUGUAGCUUCCACAGUGGGAACACUUUCGAAGCACAUGCAUCAUCUCGAGCAACUAACAGAUGAGGAUUGUUGGUAUAUAAUCAAGCAGAGAGCAUUUGUCAGCUCAUCAUUCUCUUCAGAAUUGGAGGGGAUUGGAAGGGAUAUUGCUAGCAAAUGUAGAGGUAUAGCGUUGGUUGCAAAUGUUGUUGGGGGGAUUUUGUGCAAUAAUAUGAAGAAGGAUUACUGGUUGUCAAUUAAAGAUAAUGAUGUAUGGCGGUCAAUGGAAGAAGCUGGGGGAGUUCUACAAGUGUUGCAGUUGAGUCUCAAUCGCUUGCCAAUACCUGCUUUGAAACAAUGUUUUGCUUUCUGUUCUAUUUUUCCUAAAGAUUUUGUCAUGGAAAAGGAGAUGUUAAUCCAGCUUUGGAUGGCUGAAGGAUUUCUUCAGCCAUUUAGUGAAACACACUUGGAGAUGGAGGAUGUUGGUGAUAAGUAUUUGAAUGCAUUGUCAUCAUAUUCUUUAUUUCAAGAUGUUGAAAGAGAUUCUUAUGGGAGCAUUAUUACUUGCAAAAUGCAUGAUUUAAUUCAUGAUUUUGCACAAUCUGUUUCAAAGUCCCAAACUUUGAUUUUGGAAGAUGGUAGCGGAAGAAAUAUUCCUGCAAACAUUCAACAUUUGAAUGUCAUUUCUGAUAAGGAUACGACAACAACAAAAUUAGGGGAUGCCCCUAAAAAAUUGCACACUUUGUUUUCACAAAUUGAUGUCUUUCACAGUAUGUCAACGAACUUGAGAAAGGUGCGGGUCCUCAAUUUCUGUGGAGCUGAUAUUGAUGAGUUGCCAACUUUUUUGGGGGAAAUGAAGCAUUUAAGGUUCUUGGAUGUUUCAGAAACUAAAAUCAAAGAACUUCCCAAGUUCAUCACCAAGCUCUAUCAUUUGCAGACAUUUAGAUUUAUUUAUUGCUACAAAAUUGAAAGGCCUUUGGAAGGAAUAUGGGAUUUACUCAAUUUGAGACACAUUUGUUUCAAUAAUGAACAGCUUAUGCCAGCAGGGAUUGGUAGACUAACUUGUUUGAAAACAUUACAAUUAUUUGUUGUGGGCCAACAGAAGGGACAUCAAAUUGAAGAACUGGGGUGUUUAAACCAACUCAGGAGAAAAGUAGAGAUUCGUAAUUUGGAUAUGGUUAGAGACAAAGAAGAAGCCAUGGGAGCAAGACUUUCUGAAAAGGAUGCAAUUCAAGAGUUGCAAUUGGUGUUUAGGAAAAAGGAGACAAUUCACAAGUUGCCAAUCGCGUAUUAUGAGCAAUCCAGUGGCCGUAAAGAUAGAUGCGAAGAUGAUGGAGGUAGAUGCAAAAAUGAUGAAGAUAUCUUGGAAGGCCUCCAACCUCAUUCAAAUUUGAAAGGCCUAACUAUUGAACACUACUGUGGUAAAAGUUGUCCUUCAUGGAUGUUAGAAACAAAAAAUUUUCUCAAAAAUCUGAUGUUCAUGACCUUUUCUGAAUGUCCCUGGUUGGAAAGCAUUCCAUCAUUGUCACUCAGCAAGGAAGCAAAGGUGAAAAUUAAAUAUUGCAAGAAUUUGAAAAGCAUUGCAGAUUCAUCCCUUCAGAAACUCAUCAUUAAGAAAUGUGAAGAACUGGUUGGGAUAGAGGUUGGACCAGUUGCCAUGAAGUCUCUCAAAGAAGUACACAUAGAGAGUUGUGGUAAAUUGGUUAAUCUUCCAAUGAUUAGUAAAUUACAAUCUCUUGAGGUACUUGAACUUCAGCAAUGCCAGGAAUUGAAAAUGAUUGGAGAUGAUGCUCCAUUUAACUCCACGUGUCUACAAGAGUUAAAUAUUCAAGAUUGUCGUAGCCUAAUGUCCAUGCCCAGUGUAGAUGGGCUGUCCUCUCUUCAAAAAAUUGAAAUAAGCAGGUGUGGGCAAUUGAAAAGCAUAGGAGAGGAUUUAUCUACUGCCACGUGUCUCAAAGAGGUGACUGUAUGGUCGUGCGAUGGUUUGAUGUCCUUUCCGAACCUCCAUAGGCUGUCCUCUCUUCAAAAAUUUGAAAUAAUCAACUGUGGGCAAUUGAAAAGCAUAGGAAAGGAUUUAUCUACUGCCACGUGUCUCAAGGAGUUGACUAUAAGGCGGUGCGAUGGUUUGAUGUCCUUUCCGAACCUCUAUGGGCUGUCCUCUCUUCAAAAAAUUAAAAUAGACGGGUGUGGGCAAUUGAAAAGCAUAGGAGAGGAUUUAUCUACUGCCAUGUGUCUCGAAGAGUUGACUAUAGAAUACUGCAAUGGUUUGAUGUCCUUACCAAACCUCCAUGGGCUGUCUUCUCUUCAAAAAAUUGAAAUACGCUGGUGUGGGCAAUUGAAAAGCAUAGGAGAGGAUUUAUCUACUGCCACGUGUCUCAAAGAGUUGAAGUUGAGUAUAUUGUUGUGCGAUGGUUUGAUGUCCUUUCCGAACCUUCAUGGGCUGUCCUCUCUUCAAAAUAUUAAAAUAGUCCAUUGUGGGCAAUUGAAAAGCAUAGGAGAGGAUUUAUCUACUGCCACGUGUCUCAAAGAGUUGACUAUAAAAUACUGCAAUGGUUUGCUGUCCUUACCGAACCUCCAUGGGUUGUCCUCUCUUCAAAAAAUUGAAAUAAGGGGGUGUCGGCAAUUGAAAAGCAUAGGAGAGGAUUUAUCUACUGCCACGUGUCUCAAAGAGUUGACUGUAGAGGGAUGCGAUGGUUUGAUGUCCUUACCGAACCUCCAUGGGCUGUCCUCUCUUCAAAAAAUUGAAAUACGCAACUGUGGGCAAUUGAAAAGCAUAGAAGAGAACUUAUCUACUGCCACGUGUCUCAAAGAGUUGACUAUAUGAUGGUGUGAUGGUUUGAUGUCCUUUCUGAACCUCCAUGCACUUUCAUCUCUCUAGACUUUAUCGAUAAAGGGUUGUGGUGGAUUAAGAAGUUUGCCAAGUGGGUUACCAUCAUGCACUGCUCAUGAGGAAUUGGAUAUCUCCUACUGUCAUAAUCUAAUCUCUAUUCCAGAUGAUUUGAGGAGGAGCUGGAGCAUCGCUAACCCUGACUGCCUUCCUCACCUGAAGAAGCUGACUAUUGGUGGUUUCUCAACAGAGCUUAAGGAAUUUCUAGAUCUGGGCUUCAUCAGAUCUCAUCUUGAAGAAUUAAAUUUUGAUUGCAUGGGGAGAACCAAGAGAACGUCUGCUGGAUCAAAUUCAACACCAAACAGCCCUUAACGUACUAUUUGGAUAGAAAAUAGUAAAGGGAAGGUAAGGGAAAGGAGGGGGAUGGAGGAAAAUAAGAUGAAAUGGAGGGCAAGGAAAAGAAAGGAAAGGGAAGAAAAUGAAAGGAAAUGAUUUGUGUUAAUUUUGUUUGGAUAAAUAAAAAUGAGGAAGGGAAAGGGAAGAUAAGGAUUGUAUUUUUUAUGUUUGGAUAAUUAAGGUAAAAGGAAGUGAAGGAUUUAAAUUAAUUUUAAAUUUACAA